AUGGCUUCAUCAACCUCAGCCCGCUCUAAGACUCUUCAGAGCAUUACGUUGACAAAAAUUCGGGAGCUGGAAAAGCAGCGCGAGAGAUACGAAGCUCAAAAAAAUCAAUUGCUUCAAGAUGCAGAUUCUUACGCCGAUCAACUGGUGCGGAUCAGGAAACUGCUUCACGGAGUGGUUAAAAUAUGCCCAGAUCAAAGAGACGACAGCAUUGAGAAUAUCCAUCACUGGUUGAAUCAGGCAAAGUACGACAACUCAGUUCCGCAAGAGCUCGUCGACCAAUAUGAGCACAGCCUACGCUCCAAACUCGAGGUACCAACAAGAAAGCUCAGCUUGGGGCACCUAUACGCUCGCUUGGUGACCGAGUGGAUGGACUCGUCGGCUGGUGACGGAGAAGCCACGGCGGCUGAGGAAGACUCCUUCGAGGUGCUCGACCGCCAGAAGCAGCGCUUGCAGGAGCUAUGUGACCAUUUUGAACAGGUGGUCUUUGAACCGCUCGAAACAGACGAGAAGGAGAUUCAAGUCUAUCUCCAAAAUCUAUUUGAACCAGACCAUAACGAAAAGGCGACAAAGAAUUUUGGGCAACUGAAACAAAAAAUAGCAGGCCGAUGCAGAAUACUUUUCGAGCGUAAUAACCGGGCAUUCGACCUUGUUACGCUGAGGUGGUGUAUCAAGGGGUUGCUGAAAGAGGAUCUAUUAAGUGAGGAAAAGCAGGUCAUUCUACGAGAGUUUCUCGAUGACGAUGUCGUGUUGGAUGAGAUUGCGGAUGUCCUCAACAUGAGAGUCUCUGACUUCGAGAAUUGGGAUUGGAAUGCCGGCCCAGAUGGAAUUCCCGUUCUACCAAGACAACAGUUGAAUGGAAAGUAUAGAAUUUGGAUGGACGAAGACGUGCUGCAGGCCAUUUUUAUUUACUAUUUUGGCACCACGCUCUCUAUUCUUCUCAAGAAUGAGCUUGAAACCCUCGUAUUUUCUAGCAAUUCUUUGUGGAAAACAAGCACCGGAUCCCAGCCUGAUUCUGAUCAGGAGACAAGACGCAAGUACUACAUGGCCUACAGGGCGAUCCCCCCGAAAAGUGCUGAUGCUGUCCGAAUGGAACAGUACAGAAACCACUUCUUCUUGUCAGCGUUGCCUGAUGAUGUGGAUUCAAUUCCAGGGGCGUACGAUGACGACGACGGUGACGAUGAAGAUCGUUCAGAUGAUGGGGACGAUCAAGGUUCUAAAAGUACGAAACAAAGAUUGCUUGAGACAUUGGCUACUGAGCUGUUGCUUCACCGUUCGCUAAACGGUGAAGUUGCCAUGGUUCAGACCGAUCUGCAAUGGUUUGGCGCGGGUUUGUCCCACUCCACAAUCCUUGCCGUCCUCCGUUUCUUUGGCUUCACCGACGCGGCUGUGUCCUUCUUUAAGAAGUUCUUGGAGGCUCCCUUGAAUAUUCACUCGCCAGAAUUUCCGAACGGAAAGGGUGCCCGAGUUCGUCGUCGCGGGAUGCCAAUGGCACAUGCCCCCGAGAAGCUGAUUGGCGAACUUGUUCUAUUCAUUCUAGAUGUUGCCGUGAACCAGCAAGAUGGUAUGCUUCUCUACCGCCAGCACGAUGACCUCUGGUUCGUCGGUGAGCCUGAGCAUUGCGGUCGCGCCUGGAAGACUCUCAAACAUUUAGCUGGAAUUCUUGGCUUGGAGUUCAACGAGAAGAAAACUGGCUCGGUUUAUUUCAAAGAAGGGAAGAGAGACGCGGAAAUUUCCCAAGUUUUGCCAGAGGGAGCCGUUCGCUUUGGGCAUUUAAUCCUGGACCCGGAGACUGAAAAGUGGAAGAUCAACCAGGACCAGGUGGACGCCCACUUGAAACAGUUCAAGAAACAGUUGGAUGAAUGCAAGAGCGUGCUGCAAUGGGUCCAGACCUGGAACAGUGUCAUGGGCCGCUUCUUCGGUGACAGCUUUGGCCAGCCAGCGUACUGUUUUGGCGGCGAACAUGUGAGGAGUAUCCUUGAAACUUAUCAAUCGAUGCAGCGAUUCUUAUUUGCGGAGGGCCGAGAGAAUGAUAGGGAAAGUAACACAAGUGUCGUCAGUCAUCUGAGGAAGAUGAUUGAGACCCGAUUUGGUGUGAUCAAUCUGCCAGAUGCGUUCUUCUAUUUGCCUGAGCAACUUGGGGGACUCGGUCUGCGAAACCCCUUCAUCAAAAUGCUUCAGAUCAACAGGGAGUUAGAGGGAGAAACUCCCCAGAAAAUCAUUGAAGAAAUGUUGAGAAAAGAGCAAGAGGCUUACAAAGAAGCCAAAAGGGAGUUCUACGCAAUAGAGAGCGCUGAGCGGCGUGUUUCCCGUUGCACCAGGCACUUUGCGCUGUCAGCAUCAACACUCACUCGCCUUCUCACCGAGGAAGAGCUGGAGACAUUCUUCAGCAUGGAGGAAUUCAUCAAGUGGAGGGCUAGGUACGGUUUUGAAUUUGUGGAUGCGUACAAGCGUUUGCGCAGUGCGCCGGAUCGUUGUAACCCGCGGCUAGAUUCCGAUGUCAACAAGGCGGUUAGAACUGCAUCCAGCAGUUCGCGACAAGGGGCACAGGUGGUAAACAAGAGCGAGGUCGAGUGGGCGCUGCAGAUGCAUCGCGAGUCUCUCAAGCGAGAUUACGGACAGCUCAGUCUGAUUGAGCACAGGUACCUACUGCUAGGAGUGCUUGCCGCUUUGAGAGGCAAGCCUGUGAGAUGGACCAUGGUUCUAUGA